GGUUUGUGUGUGUGUUGUUGUAAUUUGUAAAUAAAAUCAAGUUGUUUGGUUUUACUGAUAAUCCCAAGUGAAUAAAGUGAAUUUUUUAACAGUGUUUGGUCGGUGCCUACCUACGGUCCAAGUUUAGAUGACACUUGGACGCAAAUACCAGCAGUCUUCUGGGAAUGCUGGGGAUGCUCGUAAGGUGUAUACUAACCAGUCGAAGGCUGGGACUCUGUCUGGGUGCUCGUCUUCUAUAUCCCUCUGCGACAUGAUUGAGCCGCCGGACUAUGAAGAAGUAUGCGAUCAGCUCAUGGGCGAGCGCGACCCGCUCGCCUACCCGGCCACCGACAUUGAGCUGCUCGUCGUGCCGCGCCGCAUCCGCACCGUCACGCACGUGCUGCCCGACGAGGACCUCACAAAAGCGCCGAUGUUCGUCCGCGACUGCAUCCGCAGCUACACAUCCGACUACAGCGUGGUAGAAUACAAGCACCGGCAGUACUCGGGCUCGUCCUGCGGCCGCGAGCGCCAGAGCGAGCGCCUGGAGAAGCUCGCGGCCGGGCCCCGCCACCACUACGAGGUCGACGCGGACCCGGUCGCCGUCACCCUGCAUCGUGCUGAAUCCCAACCCUCCAGCGGGCGUCAGUCCGUCGCGUCGAUCUCGUCGUCUUCGUCGUGCAACGAGACGCUAACGCCGCGUGGGUCGUGGGCUUCCCUGGACCUUAGAAGUUCCUCCUCCGACCCGCUCCUGCCGGAUUUGUUUGAACGGCGACCGCCGGAGCAGAUGGACGCUGCCAAUGAGGCUAAAAGGCUGGAGAACAGACAACCUGACCUCCUAGGCCUGUACACUCCGUACCUCGAUGAGGAUGAGGCGGUGGAGAGGAGACUGGCUGCCGAAAUGCCCAGCGAGGUCAUGGGCCACAGGAUCCUGGUCAACUGCCAUCAGCUAAAGCUAGAACUCGACGUUGAACCUCUCUUCGCAUCGAUGGCACUCUAUGACGCUAAAGAAAAGAAAAAGCUAUCAGAAAACUUCUACUUUAACCUAAAUUCAGAAUGCACGAGACAAAUGUUAGCAGCUCACGUUCCACAUGCAGACUUAUCUACGCUGAGUAGAAGUGCAGUAUUUGAUAUACUGAACCCUUCGGCCGAUGUGUUCCUGGUGGUGCGAGUCGAGAAAGUUCUGCAGGGAGAUGUCAAUGAAUGCGUGGAGCCUUAUAUCAAGGACGAUAAGAACCGCGAGAAAGUCCGCGCGAGCGCACAAGCAGCGUGCACCCGUCUCGGCAAGUAUCGCAUGCCACUUGCCUGGAGCGCUGUAUCGCUGCCUAACAUCCUCAGCGGCGCCAACAGUCUAGAAAGGGAGCAAGAUAAGGACAGCCUGUCGGCCAAUGGCAACACUAAUAGCUUGGACCGCAAGGCAUCGUCCAGCAGCCUAGAACAGCUGCGUCGUCGCGCGGGCGAGGUGGGCGGUUCUUUGACACGGAAAGGCAGCGUGGAGCGCCGCGCGCCGCCGCCCGGCGACGAGCUGGCCGCCUGUCUCGACAGCUUCAAGCCCAUCGCCAUCACCGUCACCAGCUUCUUCAAGCAGGAAACUGACAAGCUGCGUGACGAAGAUCUCUACAAGUUUUUGGCCGAAAUAAAGCGGCCGAGCUCAGCGCCCAAGAAGCUCAAGUGCAUCCCUGGCACGCUCAAGAUUGAAGUGUGCCCGUGCCCCGACGAAAUCAAAAAUGGCCUUACGCCGGAGCUGGCCAAACUUAGCCCUUAUGGAGAUGAAAACGUCAGGCCGUGCAAAGAAAUCUUACCGUUCCCGCUGACGCCGACACUCGUGCCUCACUACCAGUACCGAGCGCUAUUGUUCCUAUCCGUGCGAGACAUCAGCCUGGCUGCCUACACCUCUAGGACUGGGUCUGCGAGGAAUAUCACUGUGCGAGUGCAGCUAAUGGCGGGGGAGCAGCAAUCGGCAGCGCUGCCGGCCAUUUUCGGACGAAGCUCGUGCCCCGAGUUCUCUACAGAGGCCUACACCACCGUGCUGUAUCACAACAAGUCGCCAUCCCUCUACGACGAGAUCAAGCUGAAGCUGCCCGCAGACUUAGGAGACCAGCACCACCUGCUGUUCACGUUCCUACACGUGGCGUGCCAGCGCAAGCCCGUCGCGCCCGGACAAGAGAAGAACGUAGAAACCGUCGUGGGAUACUCGUGGCUCCCCCUAUGUCGCAACGGCAAGCUGACGUGCGGCGAGUUCAACUUACCAGUGAUGCAGGAGGAGCCGCCUCCCAAUUACUCGUACAUAUUCCCCGAUGUACUGCUGCCCGGGACGCGGUGGAUUGACAACCAUAAGCCGAUAUUUAGCAUUGCCUUGGAUGCGCACACGACUGUUCAUCCGCUGGACGGGUACAUCGAACGGUUCGCAAUGGCGUGCGAGGCAGUGCAAGAGGGCAAUAUCCCGCCAAGAAUCGGACUCGCAAACAUGGAGGCUGAACUACGCGCCAGCAUAGCAGAGCUGCCAACAGCAAGCGUGGAGGCUUUAGCGGCAUAUCUACCGGUAGCGCUGGACCGGCUGCUGCGGCUGCUGGCAGCGGCGCCGGCGCUGGCGGGCGCGCCGCUGAACAUCGCGCAGCAGGUGUUCACGUGCGUCGCGCAGCUGUUCAGCGAGGUCACGAACAUGAACGAGGGCGCUACGUGUGACGCGCACGGCCGCAGCGGACUUAUUACUACGUACAUUCAAUAUCAGGCGACUAUCCCGCGCCCGUCUCUCACGGACCGGGACAUCGGGCUACCCCUGCCACCCACCGUAAUGACGGACGGCUCCUGCAAGAUCCUACACGAGGAGCUGGCUCUUCAAUGGGUUGUGGCAAGUGGCGCCACCAGAGAACUCGCCAUGCAGAACUCUUGGGCAUUUUUCGAGCUGAUGAUCAAAUCAAUGGUGGAGUAUUUGUACUGGAGUGGCGCGCACGAGGCGCCACGCAAGGCUCGCUUCCCGGAGCAGUUCACAGACGAUGUAACCACCCUCGUCAAUAACGUCACUUCGGAGAUCAUCUCGGGAUACGGCAAGAACAGCCGGCUCACCCAGAGCUUAAACAACAGCCUGGCCUUCUUCCUGUUCGACCUGCUCAGCAUCAUGGACCGCGGCUACGUGUUCCUGCUCAUCCGCUCCUACUACAAGCAAAUGAGUGCCAAGAUCGCCUCGCUGCCCGAUGCAGUGCCGCUGGUGCAUUAUAAGCUCGCGUUCCUCCGCAUCAUCUGCUCGCACGAGCACUACGUGUCUCUGAACUUACCGCCGUCCGCCGGCGGCGCCGCCUCGCCCGCGCCCUCCCAGCACUCCGGCUCGCACUCCUCGCACUCGCCCGCCCAGCUCACGCACGAGUUCCGCUCGCGGCACUACCUCGCCGGCCUGCUGCUGGCCGAGCUGGCCGCCGCGCUGGAGCUGCAGAGCCCGAUGCUGCAAGGCAGCGCAGUAGGCGCAGUAGUGUCUCUGCUAGCGGCACACGACGCCGAUCCACGCCUGCGUGCGCCCGAGCUCAAGGCGCGCGUGGCAGCCCUGUACCUGCCGCUCGUGCAGGUGGCCCUGGACGCGCUGCCGCAGCUGCCCCGCGGCCUGGACAACAACAAAGAAAUACUCCAACUGGACAGUGACAUCGGUCAGUUUGGCAACUUCUACAAUACGACGUCGCCCGAUGGGGACUUUAAACAGACAGCGAAACCCCCAUUCAACAGCGAGACAUCCCGCAACUUACUUAUGUGUCUCGUGUGGGUCCUGAAGUGGAGCGACCGCGCCGCGCUCAGUGCUUGCGCCAGCGAGCUACCACCAGCCUCGCUGCACCGCCUGCUCACGCUCAUCGACCUGUGCUUCAAGUGCCAGGAGUACAAGGGCUGCAAGGAGAUAAUGAAGUGUGCGCAACAGAAUAUCCGCAAGACAACCGACAUCAAAGCCAAGCUUGAAGACGUCAUCUUAGGCCAGGGAUCUGCCCGCUCCGACUUUAUUAUGCGACGCAAAGGUUUCGGCUGCAAGCGCGAACGCUGGCGUAAGGAAUGGUUCCGCGGCGGCGCGCGCUCGCAGCCGCUGUCGCCCGCCGCGCCGCCGCCCGCGCACGCCGCCGCGCUCGCCGCAGAAGUUGCGCUCACCCUGCUGCACGCGCUCGAGACCAUCGUGCAGUCAUGCAGCAACCUGGAGCACGGCCAGAGUAUUUGCAGCGCUGCCUUACAAGUGGUGCUGCGGGCACUUCAACGCAACCAGAGCACUACAGUACUGCAACACAUGUUUGCCUCACUACGCACACUUAUCGUCAAGCUGGGCUGGUCCUGCUGCGGCGAGGAGUCGGGUAUCUGCCGAGUGCUGUUACGUCACUGCGCUGCGCUAGCGCCACAAACACGUGCACACGCUAGUGCCACUCUCUACGCACUCAUGCGACAACAUUAUCAGCUUGGAAACAACUUCAGCCGUGUGAAGAUGCAGGUGACGAUGUCGCUAUCGUCUCUAGUUGGCACGUCGGCCACCUUUAGCGAAGACGCACUGCGCCGCGCGCUCAAGACCGUGCUAGUUUAUGCUGAGAAGGACCAAGAUCUACACGAUACCAAUUUCCCGGAACAGGUGAAGGACCUGGUGUUCAACUUACACAUGAUCCUGUCCGACACGGUGAAGAUGAAGGAGUUCCAGGAGGACCCUGAAAUGCUUUUGGACCUCAUGCACCGCAUCGCGCGCGGCUACCAGCACAGCCCCGACCUGCGCCUCACGUGGCUCAGCAACAUGGCGCAGAAGCAUAUGGAGCGUUCGAACCACGCAGAAGCAGGCAUGUGCCUGGUUCACGGAGCUGCCUUAGUCGCGGAGCAGACGUGUGCGGGCGGCCGCGGCGCCGCUUUGCUGGAGAAAGUCACACACAACGCGCUGGAUGAGAGUUGUGCUGAUGCUUUACACCACCAUCUUACGCAUCAAGAGCUACAGGCUCUACUGGAGCACGCGGCCAGCGAGCUGAUGACGGCGGGCAUGUACGAGACCGUCAACGAGGUGUACAAGGUGCUCAUCCCCAUCGCCGAGCAGCUGCGCGACUACAAGAAGCUCGCCAACAUACACAGCAAACUGAACGAGGCCUUCAGCCGCAUCGAGCAGUUGCACGGCAAGCGCGUGUUCGGCACGUACUUCCGCGUGUCGUUCUACGGCGCGCGCUUCGGGGACCUCAGCGGGGAGGAGUUCGUCUACAAGGAACACGCGCUCACCAAGCUGCCAGAGAUAUUCAGCAGACUUGAGAACUUCUACGGCGCCCGCUUCGGCGCAGAAAACGUGGUGAUCAUCAAGGACUCGAACAUCGUGGACGUCACCACGCUCGAGCCAGACAAGGCCUACAUCCAGAUCACGUACGUGGAGCCCUACUUCGAGCCACACGAGCUGCGCAAAAGAGUCACGCACUUCGAGAGGAACUUUAAUAUUAAGCGGUUCAUGUACGCGACUCCGUUCACCGUGGGCGGGCGGGCGCACGGUGACAUCGCCGAGCAGUGCAAGCGCAAGACCAUCCUCACCACGGCGCACCACUUCCCAUACGUCAAGACACGCAUACAGGUGGUGCAGAGAACUCAAAUCAUUCUCUCUCCCAUCGAGGUGGCUAUCGAAGAUAUACAGAAAAAGAUUAACGAGCUGGCAGCGGCCACGAGCCAAGAGCCGGCGGACCCCAAGAUGCUGCAGAUGGUGGUGCAAGGCUGCAUCGGCACCACCGUCAACCAGGGCCCGCUAGAGCUGGCGCAGGUGUUCCUUGCACCCGUGGCUGAAGGCACGCAGCCACCCACACGGCUCACGAACAAACUGCGGCUGGCGUUCAAGGACUUCUCGAAGAAAUGCCACGACGCGCUGCGCAAGAACAAGAACCUGAUCGGCAGCGACCAGCGCGAGUACCAGCGGGAACUCGAGCGCAACUUCUCGCGGUUCACCUCGCGUCUCGCGCCGCUUAUCCUCGCGCCGCCCUCGCACGUCGCACAACUCAGCAAUGGCGUCAGCAAACCAGAUUACAAGUUCCAAGCGUAAGCGCACACUCACUACGCAACCAACCAUGACAACUGCAUUUAAUCUAUCCUUAGUUAUAAGACGAAGCAAAUUUAUAUUGUGAUCAAUCUAUUCGAUAUUUAUGUAACGUAUUAUAUUUAAAUAUGCACAUAUUAUAAUGUAACAUUUUAGGCACCACAUGGAAAGAGAUGAAUGGUAUUAAUGUCAGGAAAACAACCUGAAUGGGUUAAGAAGUGUCCUUUAGAUGUAGAUUCGUAAUCCCGUAUUUGAUUGAAAGUAACUUUGAAAUAAUAUAUUCAAUUCAAAGUUAUAAUCUAAUGGCAGGUUUCCAAAGAAACACACAUACCAGCUCACCAGGUGGAAUGUGUUAAUUUACUAAGGUCAUAAAAUGGACUGAUAUUUUUAUAUCUUUCUUUUUAUAAUAAAAUGACAUAAGCAUAGUCACUCAAUGCGGUGACCCUUUGAGAUUAAUCUAACAAAAUACUCUUCUUACUCCUAUGAAUUUCUUCAUAUAGCUUUAUUAAAAACACACCUUUCCCUAGUUUAUCCAAGACAAUAAAACUUGCUGAUUUCGAAAAAAAAUGAUGUGAAUUCCUCUAAAAUCAAAACAUUUAGCCACAAAUAAAUAUGCCUUGAAUAUAAACUAUUAGUAAAAUAUGACAGUACAUUUUAGUAUAAAUAAAAUAAUCCUAAGUAAUCCUAUAAAGAAAUAAAGCGCAAUAUAAUUCAAAUCAAUUUCCCGCCUAAUGAUUAUAAAACAGUAUUGACCUUCACACUGCAUAAAUGAAAAACAAAAUUGUUUCCAUCUCCUUUCAUUCUUUAUGUAGGUAUGCAAAUUGAAAAGAAAUAAGACGGAGUUUUCAGUCCCACUUUAUUACGAGUUGUUAAUUUACAAGUAGACAUAACUAUUGUAAGAUUCCUGUAGGAAGAACACAAUAUUACAAGUAUAUUUUCUAUGUCAAUGUAGUAUUUAUUUUAAUGUGAUAUAAAUAAAACACAUUUUAUGAAAUAA